AUGCUCCCUGUUUCACGACCGGACGGUCACAUGAACCUCAAUUAUAUCCCAACUACUCAACCAAUGUCUGGGACCAGUACAGGGCGUAGCUCCCCUAGUGACCUGUCUGCAUCUGCUGCCAUUAAGUCGCCAUUUGGUUCCUCAAAUGGUCUGAAUGGCGCUGCAGGCUCCAUUGGUGGCGCGAGGCUAGGGGCUGGAUCCCCUUCUCAUGAACUUGGAGCUCGUUUAUAUUCUAAGCGAGCGCGAGAGAUUCAAGCAGAGGAAGGCGUUUCGCCCAGUAUUUGGGGACCCCCGACCAGCGGUCAUUCUACCCCUCUCCGUGAAAACAUUCCCGAGUCUCCAAGCCAAGAAGGGUUUCCAGACUUGGUACCUACCUCCAGUGGCUCGAUCAAUAGCCCUGGCCGGAGAGCAAGAGCUGGCACUGUCCCCUCGAGAUUUUCGCCUGUGGGUGCGCUGAACGAGGUGAACCUGCAACAACCAUACAUGCCCCAAACCUCCCGCCCUACGCCAUCAACUAGCCCUUUUCGUCCAUCCGGCGUUUCUGGUAUCGACACAAGUGCAAAGACUGCAACCACUGUUGGUGGGAGCAGCGCAGGCUCUCUCUCACGUCUCCGAGCUGGUUCUAUGCCCCAGAGAGCGAACUUUUUAGGAUCUUCUGGUCCUUUUGGGCCGUCCUUGUUUUCUACCAGUUGGGCAACUGGACGUGAUCGCGCGACAACGCUUACAAGCAUCCGCUCUUCCGAAGGGCCAGCCUCUCCCAGUCACUCGUCUUUUUCCAGAGAUGGACUUGCUGAUACCGAUGUGAAGACCCUGGACUACUUGGGCUUGGCGGAGACCCCGCAACAGGCACGAGCCACGCUUGUGCGACCCUCCGUCGACAUGCUCCUCCAACAGCAGCAGCAACAACAGCAGCAACAACAACAGUCCACUUUGCCCCCUCUGCUGGCGGAACUGGCCAUGAUGAAGAACAACAGUCGUAUCCGGUCAUAUUCCGUAAAUGCGAAAGAAAAGUACGCAGAUGAUGAGGAUUUGGAAUAUGAGAGUCGCUAUUCGCAACUUCCUUCCGGUGCUGUUACGCCUUCUGCAGCCGCCACGGCUGCCCAAUUGGCUGCGACCCAGGCUCAGAUUCAUCAACACAACUUGGCUGUACAGGCAUUUGCCAGUCAUGCGUCGGCCAGCCGACCUCGUGCUAGGACCGCUGGGAUUCUGGAAGCACCGCCCCAGCGCUCAUCGAUCCGUAAUUACCUUGCGACCCCAUCCCGCCUUGAGAACAGUUUCAGCGCCGCUGACCUCAAUAUCGCGGAAGGCGGCGAAUACGAUGAGUUGUCAGAAGCUGUACAGCUAAUGCAUCUUGGUGGAAGCGGCGCGCCUAACAUGACUAUGCGGCAAGCAGGAGAGAUGGCAGACGAAAACAACCAGGAUGGCCCAACUCGUGCCUUGUGGAUUGGUAGUAUCCCUGUCUCCACCACUGUCACAUCGUUGGAGGCGAUCUUCAGCCUGUACGGCAAAAUCGAGUCUACCCGCGUACUGACCCACAAGAACUGUGGCUUCGUUAACUUCGAGCGCAUCGAGAGUGCCAUCCAAGCUAAAUCACUUCUCAACGGGAAGGAGAUUUUCCCCGGUGCGGGCCCAGUCCGGAUCGGAUAUGCUAAAGUGCCUGGUACCUCUGCCUCCGGCACGCCUGGUGUUAAUGGGGCUCAGUCAUCUCCGACCCCCGAUCCGAGCAUGAACGGACCUGAUGGUAUCGUAAGGCCGGAGAGCGGAAACAAUGUACCCCAGAUACCUUCCCUUGCCGAGCUUCAGCCAGAGAUGGCGCAGAUUGUCACAGACUUCGGCGCUACUGAGGAUGAUGUUCACAACAUUGGUGCCAGUAUUCACCGAGCCAUUGCUUUUGAUGCGUUUGAAGAUGAGAUACCUCCGAUCUCCGAGCCUAGCCAGACUCGGAUGUUCGAUGCUCCCCGCCUCCGCGAUAUCCGGAAGAGGAUCGACAACGGAGCUUGCUCAGUCCAGGAGAUUGAGGAGACUGCAGUUGCGAUGCUACCGGAAAUCGCGGAGCUUGCGUCGGACUAUCUUGGAAACACCGUCGUCCAGAAGCUCUUCGAAUUCUGCUCGGAAUCUACCAAAGAGCAAAUGCUCGUACCGAUUUCACCUCACCUUGCCGAAAUUGGCGUUCACAAGAAUGGAACCUGGGCAGCACAGAAGAUCAUCGACGUUGCCAAGACUCCAAACCAGAUGAACGCGAUCGUGGAUGCUCUCAGGCCAUACACUGUUCCGCUGUUCCUAGACCAAUACGGAAACUAUGUUCUCCAGUGCUGUCUCCGUUUUGGUACCCCAUUCAAUGAUUUUAUCUUCGAAACAAUGCUGAGUCGAAUGUGGGAAAUUGCGCAGGGCCGCUUUGGUGCUCGGGCCAUGCGAGCCUGCCUUGAAAGUCACCACGCCUCGAAGGAUCAGCAACGCAUGCUCGCUGCAGCCAUUGCCCUGCACAGCGUCCAGCUUGCGACCAAUGCUAAUGGGGCUUUGUUGUUGACUUGGUUCCUGGAUACCUGCACUUUCCCCCGACGCCGUACCGUUCUCGCACCGCGGCUGGUUCCUCACCUGGUGCACCUUUGCACCCACAAGGUUGCUUACCUGACCGUUUUGAAGGUGAUCAACCAACGCAACGAACCGGAUGCUCGUGAAAUUGUGUUGAAGGCUCUAUUCUUCAGCCCAGGUGAUGAGGUCUUGGAGAAGAUCCUGAGCGACCAGACAUCAGGAGCGACGCUGAUCUUUAAGGUUCUCACCACACCGUUCUUUGACGAAACCAUGCGAGCAGAAGUCGUGAAGAAUGUAUCAAAGGUUCUUACCAAACUCAAGGCGACCCCCAGUCAAGGGUACAAGCGCUUGAUGGAUGAAGUUGGCCUGUCUUCUCGAGGCGGCGCUCGCGAUAAUCACCAUGGGCGUGAUCAUGUUGGCGCGGAAAAACAACAGCACCGUCCUACUUCCCGGCAGGCGGCAUCAAGUUACGGUGCCCAGCCUUCCAUGGAAAGACAAUAUGGGGCACAAUUCCCUACCAUGCUCGGCCAAAGCCUGGACGCCCCCCGACCCGUUGCUUCUGAGCAACAGCAAAACGCCUCUCCCUUUGAUCCUUACAGCAUCAAUGGAAUGAACAGCCUUGGUUCUGCCGGUGGUAUCAACCCUCUCAAUGGGGUUGGCGGAGUUGGUGUCAAUGGUACGGGCUUCGGUCAGGAUCCCUUGGUGCCUCUGACACAGCAACAAAUUCAGUAUCAGGCCUACUUAGCAGCCCAAUCUCGGGGCCUUUCGCCCUCGGGCCUGUAUCCGAGCUUGGGAAACUCCGGCUUUGGGUACCCGGCUGGAGCGCCUGCGGCGGAUAAUCUUCGGACUCUGCAGACCCCAGCUGCUCCUUUGAGCGGAGGUCCUGGCCCAAUCAACCCCGGUUCUAUGAUGGCUCAGCCAGCUUAUGCGCCUCAGCAAUUCAGCCCUGUCAUGAGCUCCGCUCAGAUGUAUCAAUAUCCUUCCCAGUUCUAUUCUCAGGCACAGCCAGCUCAAACACAGCCUGCUGGGGGACGACGUGGACGUGUGAGUCAUCCCCAGCACAUGUGA